AUGAAGAAGAUCUUUAAGGGCCAUUCGCCCUGGGGCUUCCUGGGCUUCAGGCAUUCUGAGAGCCAAGACCCUCCCAAGUACCUCACUGGGUACACGCCUGUGAAAAAGAUCCACAAGGCUGCGAGCAUGGGUGACAUAAUCCAAGUGCAGAGGAUGCUCGAAUUUGGGGAUGUUAACGUGAACGUUACAGACCGGAAGAAAAGGACUGCUCUGCAUUAUGCCUGUGCUCAUGGCCAGUCGGAAAUGGCGUCCCUCUUGCUAUGGUAUGAUUGCAACAUCGAAGCCCGGGACCGUGAUGAAAGCACAGCUCUGAUCAAGGCCACACAGCGCCAGCACGAGGAAUGUGUAAGGAUUCUGCUGGAGAAGGGUGCUGACCCAAACACCGUGGACGCCUAUCAAAACGCCGCGCUCCAUUACUCAGUGUACAACAACAACCCCUCCAUAGCCACCAAACUCCUGGCAUUCAGCGCGAACAUUGAAGUGAAGACAAAGAACGGCUACACGCCGCUCAUCCUUGCCGUGCUGGAAAACAAGCAGGAGAUGGUGAGACUGUUGGUUCAGUCGGCGGCCGACGUGAACGCCCAGGACAACUGCAAGAGGUCCGCCCUCAUUCACGCGGUGAGAACUCAGUCUAAGAACAUGAUCAGCUUUCUUCUCCAGCAAGGCGCUGACGCAUCUCUGGUGGACGCCUGUGGAGCGACCGCACAAAGUUACUCUGUCUUCGAAACUGUCCAUUUGCCUUCCCAAGACCUUGGUGGCAGUUGUCCUGAGCCUACGGCAAAGGAGGAUGGACACAGUUUUGAUGCCAAGCAGGAUGGCUGCAUAGCAUGUUCACACCCCAUCAAGAAAAACGGGCAAAGGGUGGCAGAGCUGCCAGCAGAGGAGGAGGAAAACGUAGGCGCGGUUGACCAGCUGGAGAGGGAGGGUGGUGCAUGGCUCAGGAUCUGCUGCACAGGGAAGGGUGCUAUCAACAGUGAAGCAGAUACAUGUCCGGAAUGCUGCUCCAAAGGAAGCUUCACCCACAAGCCUAGUAUCCCCGAGUCCACAGUGGAAGAUGAAGAAACGAAGCCUCCAGCGGUCCAGUCACCCAUCCUCACCGAAUCCAACCUCUGGAUUGGCUACCCUGCCGACUGGCCUGAACCCGUUAAGUUCUCCAGGCAGCCAGCGGUCUACAACCCAGUCGAGUGGAGGGAAGACAUGGAAGCACAAUCAAUUCCUCUAGAGGAGGACAAACAGCAGGGAGCAGUCUUGUCAGGAAAGGAGGCAAAUGUACAGUCGCAUGAGCAGGAGCUCAGGAUUUCUGAGGAACCUGGUUCUAAUGUUCCAGACCUUCCAGCAAAAGAGAAUGAAAAGGAUAAAGUGGUGUCACGUUUAGCUCCUCUGGAGGAAGAUAAAGCACAGAUGAAGGAAUUUUCAGUAACCGAAGCAGCCAAGUUACACACAGAUGCCAAGCUGGAGAGACAAGGUGUUUUAGAAUAUGAAGAAAAGGGACUUGAAAUUUGUCAAGACAGCAAUCUAGAAGCAGCUGAAAGUACUGAAUCCUACUCUGUAGUAAGAUUCUCCACCAAACCUGAUCUUGGUGACCCUGAACCCACAACAAGAAAGGAUGAAUAUAAUUUUGAUACAAAGGACAGGGAUUCAUCCGAGAAACAGCCCCCGGCAUCGAGAUCACCCGAUCCCCCGGCCAAGCAGAGCAGCCCUCCACCUUUACCACUCCAAGAAGGCUCCCCGGAGCCAGAGAAGAGCGCCACUUCUGAUGAAGAAGACGCGUCCGGACACUCCAGGUCCGCCAAGGGGCAGGUGCUCGCGACGGUGCCGCUGGAAGGGGAAGAGCUGGAGUUUAAAGAAACUGUACAGCUUGUCCUAAAGAAGCUAACCCAGGAGGCUGGGGAGACCUGUGAAGGUGUCAAAACGAAUGCGCACCACGAGGACGAGCCCCCGCGUGACGACGCCACAGGAAGAGCUCGCCUGAAGCCCGUCUCCCCUAAGCUGGCCUGUGAGAUGCUUGACUGUGGGGACGGAGACGUAAGUGCGGCCCUGGUCUCCGGAGCACUGUGGACCUUUCCCAGACAGAAGGAAGGUGGCCUUGGAAAGGCCGUGCCAUCGCCCCCGUCCCCUCAGAUCAUGGAAAACGGUGGCCAGUCCAUUGCCAAGUUUCCCUUACUGAAGAAUAAAUUCGACGGAGAAAACAACACUUCCGAAUGGGAAGAGCUGCUUCAUAAAAGCAAGAAGAAAUCCUCUAAAACCGCGGAGAGUAGGAGGAUGAGAGGCAGAUGCCCAGAAGGAGGCACGGGCGAACAGCAGGAGGGCCCGGAGCUGAAGAGCCCGGUGCAGCGGGCCGCAAAAGCCAGCCGCGCCGACGGGCAGUGGGAGCCGGCGCCCCCGCGGAGGCCGGGCAAAGCCAGGGCGCCCGCGGACGCCCGGGAGAGGAACCCCGGGGGCGACGCGAGAGGCUGGGCCGACUCCGUGCUUCUCGCGGGCGACAGUCACAAGAGGGGCAAAGGCGCAAGGGACCUGUCGCUGAGGCCGCUGGCCCGCCACAGCGGCAGCCGCGGCGCCGUGGCGCCCGCCCGCGCUGCGCCCCCUGCUGGCCGGGCGGCGAGCGCCUUCGAGGACGAGGCCCUGCGGGACGAGCUGUCCGACCACGAGUUCCGCAUCCUGGAGGAGGAGAUCCUGGCCUGGGAGAAAGUGCACCUGGAGAACGAGAGUGUCUCUGAGAGUCUGCUGAACAAGUGUGAGGGGAUUUUAUCUGACGCCACAGACCAGCAACAGCAGUAUCCAGAAAUGGGCCAGGCGGGAGCAGAAGUGGACUCUGAGGUGACGUCACAGCCAGAACAAAAGAGUCCUGACAGCAGUGAAGAUAGCCAGCUGCCGGAUACAGUCCUCUUGGAGAUCUGUCCCCAAACCCAAAACACAACCGCAAAGCCAGCCACGACAGUCCAGCCCCUGUCUGGGAAGGAAAACAAGCAAAUCGGGGCCCCUCCUGGGCAUCUGGGAGAAAUGUCUGAAGACCCGGAAGUAAGUGAGAAAUGGGACGGAGAACCUGCACCUGGACACGCGGACGGUCCUUCCGUGAACACGCCUGAGAAAGACAGACUAGGAAAUAACGGAGAGCCAAGCGAACGCAGCCUUGAGUUACAGCGCACAGCCAGGGAUGUGUUUGAAAGCAUCUGUCCCGAGGAGGAGCCACUUCCGGGCAACGAUAGGGCAGGAACUCAGCUGAAGGUUGAAGAAAUGAGGACGUGGCCCAGUCUGGAGUCGGAGGUCUCGGAGAACCUAUGUCUUGACAACAGUUUGAUUUUCAAAAGGAAAGGCGGAAGGACUGGGAAGCCACUUCCUACUGAAGAGAAAGAUGAGCUUGCUAGGAGUGUUCCUGACACGUGUGUGAAAGAAGCAAAGAAAAGUGAGAGGGAAACGUGGAUGCUUAGAGAGCCUGUGACCACCCCAGUAUUCGAGAAGUUCCCUCCAGAAGAUGAUGGUCUGCUGCGGGUGAAGGGCGGCCCCCAUCUGACUGAACUGGAUCAGGUUGAAAGAAGGCUGACAAAGAAACAAGCUAAAGAAAAGCACGAGACAGAAACCCACGUAAAUGAAAUGGAAGACGCUAACUGUGGGAGUCAGCCUUCUCUGACAGCCUCAGGCAGCGGUUCCAGCAGCCUGUGGAAACUCUGGGACAUGACUCAUUCAUAUGAAAGACUAAUAGAACUUAAAAAUAGCCACUAUGAACUACUCACAAAAAAACUUGAAAAGAUGGAAAAUAAAGCUGGUGGAGUGCAGAGAGAACAGACAGAAAUUAAAAAAAUAAAAUCCUGGUUACAGCAUAAAGAAAUGGAAUGGGAAGAACUCUGCACUUGGAGAUUCCCCUUGAAGCAAGAUGAGAAGCAAGAAAAUGCUGAGUUUUUGUUUCAGCAGAAGAAGAUGCAGUUAAAAAGGGAAAAAGAGCAACAUGGUGAAAAGGUGGACUGGACUCAACCCCCUGGAAUCAGGACAAUGGUUGGAGAAGAAAAGGCUGUAGAAAAUGAUUUGAGACAGGUAAAUUAGUUGUGAGGAGCCCAGGGCCAGCUCGCCCAGAGUCCUCAGAAGACGCGAGCCAGCCUGCAAGCCAGCCUGCAAAGGCUUGAGGUUCGACUUUCCAAGUUAAAAAUUACACUGAAAGAGCAAUCAGCAAAAAUUGAACAGAUCCAGAAUGAGCUGCUGCACGAUGAUUUGCUUGGAGAUGAAACAAAGAAACUCAUUCAGCAAACACAAUCUCUAGAAUGUACUUUGGAAAAAGAGAUGAAUAAAAAUGAGGAAUUGAUGAUAGAGCUAACUGGAUUUAAGAAAUUCUUUGAGGAGACAAAAAAGAAGUUAAAUAAACAUGAAAGCAGAGAGCUUAGUGGUCCUGGAGAUUUAAAAACCAGCCAAUUUGAUGAGCAUAUUCCAAUUAAUACACUGAGGCAUGAGCUCCACAAUCUGAAAGAAAAUUGGGACACUACCUAUUACAAGUACCUCCACAUGGUUGUAAAGUUUCAGUUUAUCGAGCAGGAGCUAAUAGCAAUUAAAACGGAGCAAAAGAAGUGUGGCCGCCUACUCAAGAACCAGGAGCACUUAGAAGAAGAAGUGCUCCACUUCAGAAGGUGGAUGAGAGAGAACGCGACCCAAGCAAGAGAUCAAAACAACAUAGAAAGUUUAAGGUACACCAAUGACGCCACAGCACUAAGGCAGAUGGAUCUCAGAAUCAGGAGCCUGGAAUCUCAGCUGGCCACGAGGGGAAGUCAGCACAGGCUCCACAGAGGACUGCUAGAAGACGCGCAGCACCGUGCAGAAGAGCAGAGCGUGACACAGCCGCUGAGAACAGAGCUGGGCAAGCAAGCGCAGCGGAGUCCAAGGAAAUAGCCACGCGUGUUGCUUUGUCUCUGCCACGGCUUGACGGGUUGCGGGGAAUAGAUCUCACAGCUGACUGGAGUUAGAAAACAAAUGUGUGCUUGAUUCUUCCCCUUUCGGUUUGGAGUUCUGUGGCCUUUUACCCCCUAAUGCUCUCAUGUAGCUAACCUGAUCCAUUAGUCUUUUAGCUUAAUAUUCUAAAACUUUCUAAAUAAGGCAUUUUUAUUCUUACUAAACUGUUUUUCUCCAUUUUAUUAAAUAGAACCUUUAAC